CACCUUGUCUUCAAACGACCGCUUCCUCGCAAGUGCAUCAUGGGAUCAAACAGCGCGUCUAUGGAAUCUCGACACCAAUCUCCCGAUCGGACCACCCCUCCAGCAUGAAGAUCGUUUGGACUCCGCAGCCCUUUCUGCUGAUGGAAAAACGCUAGUCACUGGUUGCCAAAACAGAAAUGUGCGCGCAUGGGACAUUCACGCCAUCCUCAAAGAAGCUGGCCUUGAAGAUCUAUUGCUUGUUCCUGAUGUGGGUCCAAAUCUCAUGGCUCUUUGGCAAAGAUGAUGCUAUUAUCUUCUUCGCAGGUCAUAGAGUUGCUAGACGCCGAUGCCACGCAGGGCCAGGACGAUGAACUACCAUCAGACUUUUAUGAUGAUGUGCGAGAUGGUGUUCAUUAACAAAAUCCGUUCCUCUGCCCGCCGCCGCCCUCUCGCACACUCUUCGAGGAAUACGCUCCUCAGAGGCCUUUCAACGCUCUUUCGCCGCUCUCCCUCCAACAUCAAUCAAGCAACCGAACUUCAGCAACGUCCAAGGCGGUCUAUCUUCUCUCACAGCAGCCCUCGUGUCGUCGAGGUUGCUGCGGUGCGGGACAAAAAGGCGCUAUUUGUUGCUCCGCGGCCGAAAAAAAAAACACAGGCCCAACCACAAGGCCAAGCUCAGUCGUCGUCAUCGCAAUCUCAGCCUGCCGCCGCCUCGACUUCCACGACACCUCCUGCUGCCGCUGCCGCUCCCACUCCUGCUCCCGAUACUAAUACUGCAAUACCAGGUGCAGCAACCGUGCGAGCAAACAUCCUCCGGUUCUUGUCUCAUCUCGUGCUCUUUCUUUGUUGCGCAUACCCCCCUCAAGCUGAUAGACGUUAA